AUGAGUUCAUUAGUAGUUAUGAGUCUGAACGACGCCGAGCCUCCAGAGACACUGUUUCUCGACAUGUCAGUUCAUGAUGUCCUCCACGACCCAGGAAUCCCUGCCGUUGAACCCUGGGCUACCAUGUUUAUCGAUGCUGUCCAUGACCAAAGGUUCGGCGAUGCGAUAUGGGCCCGCUACCAUAUCUUCGGAGAUGUGGAGGAUGGAAUAGUCGGGGAGAAAUUUACCGUACUUGAAGCUAUCAAGGACGAUGCAAUGAGAUACAAGAAAUUUGAACCUGAAAUAUAUGCUGAGGCUGUGGUUUUCUAUAAGGACAAGAUGAACAAGGCGGACACACAUCCAGAGGUGAUCGAGAUAAUCUUGCAAGUUGGUGAGCAAGAUCUUAGUGGUAUAGAUAUCCCUGAAGGCAUCUAG